AUGUACCGGGCCCUAAUCCUCCUCCUCACCAGCUAUUUGGUAGUCUUAGCCACCAGCCAAACAAUCGCCUCAGAAAACACACCCACAACCGCAGACCCAGGCGCAGUAUUGCCUCGAUCUGGCUUCCAAAUACUACCCAAGAGGGCCUCUCCCAAGACGACCCCCCCCAAAGUCUCACCCCUGCAGAAGGAAUGCAAAGACAUCAAGAUCAAAGCAGGACCUUCAGUUUCUAAGGGACAUCCGGAACAGCAACUGUUGACGGCAUCCUGCCGCAUCCCUGGGACGGAUAAAAGCCAGUACUCCGAGCUGAGUCUGGACCGUUGUCUUGGGUGGCACAAGAACAACGACGGCAGUGGAAGACUUUUCGCAAUGAAGCAUGGCGGAGGACUCUCUAAGGCAGGAGGGGAGUGCUCGACAUGUCGGUAUCUUAAUUCCAACCCUAAUAUGCUAUGCUACUGCGCGAACGUGCGUGACGAUGAGAAGACCUAUGUGAACCCAGCUACGGCUUCGUGGACGGGUCCUGUGUUUUAUAACCUGUGUAAGUGGUCUGUCUGA